GAUGUCACGCUUCCUUUCCACAGUACACUCCGGUGGUUUGUGUUGUGUGUUGCAAAGCGAGGGCGGCCGGCUGUGAAGUUGGAGGGGCGCUCCCUUCCCGGGCUGGGGCCAAUCAGCGCGGCGCCUCGCCAAAGGCCUGAAUGAAAGAAAGGCGAAGAGGCGGGAGGUGGAGGUUCCCCGCUCGCCUCUUACUUUGCGCCUGACUUCGCCAUGGAGGCGCAGGAGUAGCCGCCCUCUCCCUUGGCUCGGUGGUGGAGGGACCCUUGCCUUGAUCACUGUCGAUCACUUUUCUGUCUACUGAAGCUGUAACAACAUUUGUUUUGAGAGUGCAGUUAGAUCUGUUGAAGAUGCAGCAGAGGAAGUUGUAUAUUCAGCAGGUGAUAUCGUCAAGACCUUCCUGCAUAUCAUCUGUACUAACAAAACAACUUGGGAAGAAAUAUGACUUGUAAAAAAGUAUGUUGUUUAUAUUACAACUACUGUGCAGAGAUAGGAUGCCUCUACAAUGAACACUAUCUCUAAAGGAGAGAGAUUGAACUUUCUCACAAGAACUCUGUUGGAAGAAUACAAACAUUUAACCGGAACCAGACGCAAGAAAGUGCAUCAGAAUGUAUGUUUAUCCAAGAAGAGUUAGAAGAUGCCAAAUUGUGCCGCUGUUUGCCACUUGCUUUCUUCUUUGUCUCAUGAUUUUUUGGGGACCACUUGAUGAGAGUAAUAUUGUGGGCCACAUGAAAUCUUACUCCUACAGAUACCUCAUAAAUAGCUAUAGUUUUGUGAAUGAUAGCCUGUCUGUUAGCAGAGAUAACCUGGACAGAGGAACAGGCUAUCAAUACUUGAUCAAUCACAAGGAGAAAUGUCAAGGGCAAGAUGUCCUCCUCUUGCUGUUUGUCAAAACUGCACCUCAAAAUUACCACCGGAGAGAUGCAAUUCGACAGACGUGGGGUAAUGAAAAGUAUGUCCAUUACUACCUUAAGACCAACAUAAAGACCCUCUUUGUAUUAGGGCUGCCAAGCAACCUUACACAGAGAGACCAACAGCAAAGAAGGCUCCAGGCAGAAGACAAGAUGUAUGGUGAUCUGAUUCAGCAAGACUUCUUGGAUACUUUUUACAAUCUUACUCAUAAAUUACUCUUGCAGUUCAGUUGGGUAAAUAAAUUUUGCCCUCAUGCCAAGUUUGUUAUGUCAGCAGAUGAUGAUAUAUUUAUUCACAUGCCAAACCUUGUUGCUUACCUCCAAAGUCUAGCACAAAUUGGUGUUCAAAAUUUUUGGAUUGGACGUGUUCAUCGGGGAGCACCUCCCGUAAGAGAUAAGAAGAGCAAAUAUUAUGUUCCAUACGACAUGUAUCCUUGGCUUGCUUAUCCUGAUUAUACAGCAGGAGCUGCAUAUGUGAUAUCGAGUGAUGUAGCAGCUAAAGUCUAUGAAGCCUCACUGACUCUUAAUUCAACCCUAUAUAUAGAUGAUGUUUUCAUGGGUCUCUGUGCCAACAAAAUGGGAAUUGUUCCACAAUAUCAUCUGUUUUUUUCUGGGGAAGGCAAAGCUCCAUAUCAUCCUUGCAUUUACAACAAAAUGAUGACCUCUCAUGGACAUGUAGAUGACCUUCACUAUCUUUGGAAGCAAAUUACAGACCCCAAAGUGAAAAACGUUUCAUCUGGCAUUUGGGGUACAGUAUAUUGCAGAAUAGUUAACAUUAUGCUUCUUUGCAAAUUAUACUAUCAGGACACCUAUCCCUGUUUAGCUGCAUUCUCCUAAUACUUGAAGAUAAAACAAAGAUUAACUGAGCCAAAACAAAUAAGAGAUCUUGGCCGUUUCCUCCAAGACACAUGCAAAAGCGAACGUGAAAUGUUGCAUAAAAACUUAGAAUGUGAAAGCUUACCUGUGUACUACAUUAUUUUCACCAGUUUCCUGAAAGUUGAACACUUUGGUUUCCAUAAACUACAGUUACUCCAACUCACUUUGAGAACAGGUUAGAUAGUACUAAAAAUCAGAAUGUUUACGCUUUUAAAUGUGAACAAAAUUCAAUAUAAAAUUAAAUUGAAUUUUGAAAAACACAUUCAUUGAUGACAAUGUAAAUGGAUACUGUAGGCCAGUCAAAUAAAUUCCUCACUGUAUUGGAUAAGCA